UUUAUUCAUUUUCUUCCCUGUCUUUCGCAAAAACAGCCAAAAGUCAGUAACCCGAACCAGCCCUCGUUUCUCUCAUUUUCCUCUCCAUUUUCUUGGGAAAAAAACAGAAAGCAUGGGGAAGGGUCCUGGUCUCUACUCCGAGAUCGGCAAAAAGGCUAGAGAUCUUCUUUACAAGGAUUACCAGGGUGACCACAAGUUCACUGUCACUACUUACACUUCCAAUGGAGUCGCAAUCACAUCAACUGGGAUUAAGAAAGGUGAAUUGCUUUUGGCUGAUGUAAGCACUCAGCUGAAGAACAAGAACAUCACAACUGAUGUGAAAGUCGACACUAGUUCAAAACUUUUCACCACUGUCACUGUUGAUGAGCCGGCACCUGGGCUGAAGACUAUCUUUAGCUUUGUUGUGCCUGAUCAAAGGUCCGGAAAGGUGGAACUGCAAUACCUGCAUGAAUAUGCUGGAAUUAGCACUAGCAUUGGAUUGACUGCAAAUCCUCUUGUUAACUUCUCUGGUGUGGUGGGAAACAAUUGUGUCUCUGUUGGAACUGAUGUUUCAUUUGACACUGCCAGUGGGAACUUCACCAAAUUGAAUGCUGGAUUGAAUUUCACCCAUUCUGACCUCAUUGCUUCCGUGACUGUCAAUGAUAAAUGUGACAAUCUUACGGCUUCCUACUACCACAUUGUUAGCCCAUUGACUAACACAGCAGUUGGUGCGGAGCUUACCCAUAGCUUUUCAAGCAAUGAGAAUACCCUCACAUUUGGUACGCAGCACUGCCUUGACCCAUUGACCACAGUGAAGGCUCGGGUGAACAACUUUGGCCGAGCAAGUGCUUUGAUCCAGCAUGAGUGGCGCCCAAAAUCUCUCUUAACUAUCUCUGGGGAGGUGGACACCAGAGCAAUUGAAAAGAGUGCUAAGGUUGGGAUGGCCUUGGUACUCAAGCCAUAGGCAAAACUAUUACCAUUGUGUGAAUGAAGGCAGGCCUUGAUUUUGAUUGGUGGAGACUGGAAAGAAAUAAUGUAGUCUUUACGGAUUUGAUGGUCAUGGAUUGUAAAAAAUAAUUGCGAUUCACGAACUGAAAUCAGCAAUUUGUUGAACAAGUUUCAUGUUGUCUAUUCAUCUGUGAAAUCAAGUGUUGCUUACAUGCUAUUAGUUCA